AUAGAUUAUUUGAGUACAGUCCUGAGGUGAAGUUGUCACUAGAAUUCGGACUGUUCCUCCUCACACUGGAGAACUGUUUUAUCUUUGUGUAUUACCCUCUCAUAAGCCAGCAUUUAGCUUUCAACAGUUACACUCAGUUGGAAAUACUAUCCACAACUCCUUUCACAGCGCUGCUGCUGCAAUGGGUCACUUCCAAAAUGUUGAUGAGGCAUAACAUGGUUUAGCUGAAGGCAUCAAUAAUUUUGCCUCUCCCUAUCAGUUGCAAUUUCUUUUCUGCCAGUUGCUAUUGAACUUUCCAACAAAUGUAAUUGUCCUUUUUGAUCAUUAUCAAGAGCAGUUGAUGGCCAACUACCUAUAUCAGUUCUCAAGUGCUGAACUUGCAGCAAAUUUGUCUCUU